AUGACACCAGUGCAGGCGUCAACAAUUCCUUUAUUAGCUGGGAACAAGGAUGUUGUCGUUGAGGCGGUAACUGGUUCAGGGAAAACAUUAUCAUUUGUCAUACCUGUGCUCCAGAAAGUUAGUGAACGUUUGUUUGGAAAGGCCGGCGAAGAGGAACCUGAGCCGCUUAAAAAAGGUCAUUUUGUGGCAAUCGUGAUGUCGCCCACUCGAGAACUUGCAGCCCAAAUAGAGAAAGUGUUUAAGCAAGUUCUCGACUUUUGCCCACACGACAUAAAUACGCAAUUACUUGUGGGUCAAGUUGCUAACGCCCGAGAAGACUUUGAAAUAUUCAGAAAGCAAAACUCCCAUAUACUUAUUGCUACCCCGGGGAGGCUUCAAGAUUUUUUGAACAACCAACAACUUAAAACCCUGAGCGUCGAAAUAGUAAUCUUAGAUGAAGCCGACAAAUUGUUAGAUGUCUCAUUUUCGAAUGAUGUACUCACCAUACUCAAGCGCUUGCCGAAGCAAAAACGCAUUGGCUUGUUUAGCGCAACACUUUCAUCAGCUGGUGAUAGCGUGUUUCGUACAGGCAUGAAUAAUCCCGUGAAGGUAACAGUCAAACUGAAUGCGAAGGCAGCUCCAGAAUCUCUAUCAAUUUUUUAUGCGAUGAUUGACCCCGAACGAAAAAUCACGACUCUAUUGACAUUACUCGAACAAUAUCAAUUCAAAAAAUGCAUUGUAUACGUUCCUACUUGCGUGGGCGUGAAGCAUUUUUACAACAUGUUUUCAAGCUACGAGUCGUCACUCUCAUGGACCUCACUUCAUGGGCUGUUAACUACGAAACUGCGUUUAAAGGCGCUCGAUCAAUUUACAGAGAAUAUUGGUAAACUGGUUCUUCUUACUACCGAUGUUGCAGCGCGAGGUAUCGAUAUUCCUGACGUUGAUUUGGUCAUCCAGUUGGACCCUCCCACAGACCCUGACGUUUUCCUUCAUCGCUGUGGACGCACGGGUCGUGCCAAUAGAGUGGGCCAAGCCAUUGUAUUUUUAAAUCCUAAUGAAGAUGGAUACGUUGAUUUUAUGGAAAUUAAGGGCGUCAAUAUGAAGGAAAUUGAGGUCGCCUCAAAACCGCGCAGUUUCAGACAAUGGAUGCUAAACGAUAGAGCUCGCCACGAACUUGCCGUUCAGGCUUAUGUUGGGUUUGUCCGUUAUUAUUCUAAGCAUGUUGCCCUGUCCAUUUUUCGACGUGCAACUUUAGACUAUAUUGGCAUAGCACGUCUGUAUGGACUACUCAGAUUACCCAAGAUGCCAGAACUGAGGUAUAUUGCCGACAUACCUGUGGAUGGCUGGUUGGGAGACGUGAUUGAUAUGGAUGCCUAUGCUUACGCUGAUCCAGCCAAAGAGAAGCAAAGACUCGAUACCUUGGCGGAGACAAAAGCUCAAAAGAUCGCAGACGCCAAGCAACGCAAACUCCAGAAAAAGAAGAACGAAGCAUGGCUGACAAAAGUCGAGAAGAAGGAGGGCAAGCUUGAAAGACGUGAGCGCAUGAAGCGAAAGCGCGAAGAGUUAGAAAAUCAAGAACCGCUGGAUUCAGAGGCUGAGGUCGAUUGGAAAGACCUUGUAAGAGCGAAUAAAAAGAAAAAGCUGGGUGACAUUGUACAAUUCGAUGAUUUAUAA